GUAGCUGGUUUCUCCCCUUCUCUCGAUAGAGCCACUGUAAACAAAACCCCUUUCAAAUCUAAAUCCUUCAUCAUUAUUCACUAGGGUUUUAAGAAUCCCCAAAUUUCGAAAUCAAUUCACGUCAAAGUAGGAGAAAAUCCAAACCCCAUGGAUAACUCAUUAGCAAGCGCCUCUGCGAUCGGCGAUCAGAGGCAGAAAAUCGAACAAUAUCGUCACAUUCUCUCUUCUGUGCUGGCCUCCAAUGAUGUCUCUCAAUCCAAGAAGUUCAUUGAUCACAUGUUGUCGGAUGAUGUUCCUUUGGUGGUUUCGCGGCAGCUUUUGCAGACAUUUUCGCAGGAAUUGGGGAAGUUAGAGCCCGAACUUCAGAAGGAAAUUGCUCAUUACACCCUUCAGCAAAUUCAACCUCGCGUUGUUUCUUUCGAGGAACAGGCCCUAACCAUCAGGGAAAAGCUGGCUGACUUGUAUGAGUCCGAGGAGCAAUGGUCAAAAGCAGCUCAAAUGCUUAGUGGGAUUGAUUUGGAUUCUGGAAUGAGAGGAAUUGAUGAUACUUACAGGCUAUCAAAAUGUGUUCAGAUUGCUCGUUUGUAUCUUGAGGAUGAUGAUGCAAUAAAUGCCGAGGCUUUUAUUAACAAAGCAUCUUUCCUGGUCAGCAACAGUCAAAAUGAAGUUCUGAAUUUGCAAUAUAAGGUUUGUUAUGCAAGGAUCCUAGACUUGAAACGCAAGUUCUUAGAAGCAGCAAUACGAUAUUAUGACAUAUCUCAGAUUGAGAAGCGACAAAUUGGAGACGAGGAAAUUGAUGAAGCAGCACUAGAACAAGCUUUAUCAGCUGCUGUCACCUGUACAAUAUUGGCUGGUGCUGGGCCUCAACGUUCUCGCGUUCUUGCUACAUUGUACAAGGAUGAACGAUGCUCAAAGUUGAAGAUUUAUCCGAUAUUGCAGAAGGUAUAUCUGGAAAGGAUUCUGAGGAGACCUGAAAUUGAUGCGUUUGCAGAAGAAUUGAAACCACAUCAGAAAGCGUUUCUUCCUGACAACUUUACUGUGCUGGAUAGAGCAAUGAUUGAGCACAAUCUUCUAAGUGCUAGUAAACUUUACACAAACAUAAGCUUUGAUGAAUUGGGCACAUUGCUUGGCAUCCCUCCUCAUAAGGCUGAGAAGAUUGCUUCGAAAAUGAUAUAUGAAGAUCGAAUGAGGGGCUCAAUUGAUCAGGUGGAAGCUAUGAUACAUUUCGAGGACGACACAGAGGAACUGCAACAGUGGGAUCAGCAGAUUGUUGGAGUAUGCCAGUCCCUUAAUAAUAUUCUUGAUGGCAUGGCUAAGAGGGGAUUUCAGAUUCCUGUUUGAUCAUGAUGCAGUUCAGUCAGUUCAGUUACACCGAAGUGUUGAUACUUUUUGGCAUGGCUUGUUGAGGGUAGAAGCUCUUUGUUCAACGGCCACUCGGCCUCUCUUUGUUUCACAAUUUGCAGUUGCAACUUCAGCGAUCAGUUUCGUUGGUUCUCUCUCUUUAUUCUUUGGAGGGGAUUUUCAUUUUCGAGGAGAAAAAAGGCCCUAGAUAUUAGAUAAUGUGUAUAGAACUCACUUAAUAUAACUGAUUUAGCUUUUUCAGAGAGGAAAUCCAUUUGUCUUGUCUUCCUCCUAGAAAUUAGCUUAUCCAUGUGCAUUCUGGUUGAGUGUCUAUACAAAUUGUUUCAGACUUCCAGGA